AUGCUACUCUCUCAACCAUGGCGUGUGGGCCUGACGACUCUCGCCCUCGGCCUGGACGCUUACACCAUCAUCGUCCACACAACGUACGGCUUCCAGGGGGUCCUCCCCAUGCUCCGGUCCCAUAAAACCAAGAUCUACGACAUCAUCGGCAUAUGCUUUCAGCACUUGAUGGUCCUCCCCGCAGUCGCUAUGAUUCUGCAUCUGAAGUGGUUCCACCACGGCAUUGACGGACCGUACGAGGCACCGCUCUUCUACACAUAUCUGUUGGGAAACUUGGCGUUUGGGGCGUGGUAUGCAUCUAUGGGCGUCAUUAAUCCGCUAUUUUGCACUGUGGUCGCGCCAUUGGCGUCGUUGCUGUGUGUGCUCUGA